AUGCCCAGGUCCUUCCUCGUGAAGAGCAAGAAGGCGCACAGCUACCACCAGCCCCGCGCCGCCGACGAGGACUACGGCCGGCGGCUGGACGCCGUGCUGGCCCACAUCUGCGCAGACAGCCACAUCCCCGAGGCCGCCGCCGCGCCGCCGCCGGGCCGCUUCUCGCCCGAGUCGCACCUGGCCGAGGCCGCCGAUGGCACCUCCGAGUCGGCGCCCAGCUGCGAGGGCAGCGUCUGCGACCGCGCCUCGGAGCUCGAGGACUUCUGGAGGCCGCCCUCGCCCUCCGCCUCGCCAGCCUCGGAGCGAUCCGUGUGCCCGUCGCUGGACGAAGCGCCCCCCUUCUCGGUACCCUUCAAGCCAUACGCCUGGAGCAGCCUGGGCGGCUCCGACCUGCGGCACCUCGUGCAAAGCUACCGGCCCUGCCCGGCGCUGGAGCGGCGCUCGGCGCUGGGGCUCUUCUGCGAGCGGGGCGCCGAGCCCGCCCUCUACGGCGCCGAGUGCAGCGCCUCCCUCGGACUCUAUGGCGACUUCGGCUCCCCGGGCCCCGGCCUUUUUGAGAGGCCUCCGGCAGCAGCACCCGGACUCUAUGCGGACUCGCAGCCCGGACUGCAGCAAGAGAAGGGGCCGGGGGGCAUCAAAGUGGAGUCAGAUCUGCUGUGCCGCCCGCUGCUGCUCAGCACUGGCUCGUACAAAUGUGUCAAGUGCAGCAAGGUCUUCUCCACUCCACAUGGCCUUGAAGUGCAUGUGCGCCGCUCACACAGCGGCACGAGGCCCUUUGCCUGUGACAUGUGUGGCAAGACCUUCGGCCACGCCGUCAGCCUGGAGCAGCACAAGGCAGUGCACUCACAGGAACGCAGCUUUGAUUGCAAGAUUUGUGGCAAGAGUUUUAAGAGAUCUUCCACUCUGUCCACCCACCUCCUCAUCCACUCGGACACCCGGCCAUAUCCCUGUCAGUACUGUGGGAAGCGUUUCCACCAGAAAUCCGAUAUGAAGAAGCACACUUUCAUUCACACAGGUGAGAAGCCCCACAAGUGUCAGGUAUGUGGAAAAGCUUUCAGUCAGAGCUCCAACCUCAUCACCCACAGUCGGAAGCACACAGGCUUCAAGCCCUUUGGCUGUGAUCUGUGUGGCAAAGGCUUCCAAAGAAAGGUGGAUUUACGGAGACAUCGGGAGACCCAGCAUGGUCUGAAAUGA